UUUCAAAACCGUCCGGGGAAAGUCACUUUUUUCUUUUUUCUUUUUUCCCGUUGGUUCUGGGCCAGAUCCCUGGAGGGUGUCUCCAGGCUCGGGAGGAUGUGGAAACCCUGCAAAGAGAAUUCCGAGCCCAGGGCUGCUCUUCAGUUUGGGGCCCCCAACCGCCAGCUCAUGACCUACUGGCUGCAGGAGCUGCAGCAGAAGCGCUGGGAGUACUGCAACGGCCUGGACAUGGUCAAGUGGGAUGGCAGGACCUCCCCCACCCCCGGGGACGGCUCCCAGGGCCUGGUGGCCAGGGGCGCCCCAGAAUUCCUGUACCCGCACCCCAACGCUUCCGCCGAAAAAGCCCGGAACGUCCUUGCUAUAGACGCAGCCCCCGGAGAGCUGGUGGGAGAACAGGCCGCGAGCCAGCCGGCCCCGGGGCCCCCCAACUCCAUCAACUUCUCUCUGAAGCAGUGGGGCGCCGAGCUCAGAAACUCGAUGUCUUCCUUCCGCCCGGGAAGGGGCCACGACAGUCGGAAGAGCGUGUUCUACACCCACGAGGAGUGGGAGCUCCUGGACCCCAGCCCCAAGGACCUGGAGGAGUCGGCGGCGGCGGCGCAGGAGGAGAGGCGGAGGCCGCCGGACCCGGACACGCAGCGGCAGGUGCAGAGCCAGCAGGAGGAGCUGGAGCGCCUGCGCAAGGACCUGUCGAGCCAGAAGGAGCUGGUGCGGCUGCUGCAGCAGACGGUGCGCUCCUCGCAGUACGACAAGUACUUCGCCAGCAGCCGGCUGUGCGACGGGGCCCCCCAGGACACGCUGGCGCUGCUGCACCAGAAGGACGACCAGAUCCUGGGCCUGGCCCGCCAGCUGGACCGGCUGGGCCUGGAGAAGGAGAGCCUGCAGCAGGAGGUGCGCACGCUGAAGGCCAAGGUGGGCGAGCUCAGCGAGCAGCUGGGCAUGCUCAUGGAGACCAUCCAGGCCAAGGACGAGGUCAUCAUCAAGCUGUCGCGGCAGCUCAGCCGGGGGGCCUGGCUUAUGCACCUGAGGGCGUCACCCUCCCAGGGCACCUACGGAGGCUGCGCGGUGCCCCCUCUGCGGCCGGUUCAGGACAGUCACCACCGUGACAUAAACUUCUUCCCCAUCUCCGUCCUCAGCGACAACCUGCAGGGGUACAAGACCCAGAACAAAUUUCUCAAUAAGGAAAUCUUGGAGCUCUCAGCGCUGCGGAGAAAUGCGGAGAGGAGGGAGAGAGACCUGAUGGCCAAGGUGGGUUCGGGGUGGGGGGGCUCCCCUCACCUGGUGGGGGGUGCAGCUUGGAAGCCAUUUGGGAAUGGACUCGUUUGGCCCUGGCUGGUGUGGCGUACGUGGCCUUGGCCGAAUCGAACCCGGGGCCCUUGGGUCCGCAGGCCGACGCUCUAUCCGCUGAGCCACUCCGGCUGGGCCCUGUCUGGCCUCUUUGCCGAGACCACGCCGCUCACUGUCGCCUCGCGCUUCCUCCGCAGCGAGUACGACAUCUACGGGUUCAGGACGGUCCCCGAGGACGACGAGGAGGAGCGGCUGGUGGCCAAGGUCCGGGCGCUGGACCUCAGGAGCCUGUCCCUGGCCGAGAACCAGGAGGUGUCCACGGGCGUCAAGUGGGAGAACUACCUGGCGGGCACGAUGACGCGGGAGAUGGCGCGCUCGCCGGAGCUGAAGAGCCUGAUCCGGGCGGGCAUCCCGCACGAGCACCGGUCCAAGAACCCCGCCUCCCAGCAGAUCGAGCUGGACCUGCUGCGCACGCUGCCCAACAACAAGCACUACGCCGGCCCCGCCUCCGACGGCAUCCAGCAGCUGCGCAACGUGCUGCUGGCCUUCUCCUGGCGCAACCCCGACAUCGGCUACUGCCAGGGCCUGAACAGGUGGGUGCGCCCCAGGUGCCGUCCGCACGCAGGGCCGUCUGCCGGCCUCAGGCUCUGCCCCCCAGUCAUCUUCCGUUUCGCCCUCGCGCUUUUCAAAUACAAGGAGGAGGAGAUCCUGAAAUUGCAAGACUCCAUGUCCAUCUUCAAGUACCUCCGCUACUUCACCCGCACGAUCCUCGACGCCCGGUGAGUCCGGGGACCCUGCCCGCCCCU